AUCUCAUCAUAGCUUACAGCUGUAGUCACGGAGUCUCUCUUAUUUAAUUCUCGUGUGUACUCGAGGCCACUGUUCUUGAUGAAAAUGCGUAUCUCGAGCAUCACGUCGUGGACGGCAAUAAUUGCGAUUUGCCAUGCCGCGUUCAGCCCUAGCCAGCACUUCCUCGGGGAUACAGAACUCAAAACAACCAAGAAGUCAAGACCAAACAUUGUCUUCAUUCUGACUGAUGAUCAAGAUGUUCAUCUUUCAUCAAUGGACUACAUGCCUUUCGUGAAGAAGCAUUUACUAGAUAAAGGCACAUAUUUCAACAAGCAUUAUUGCACAACCGCGGUUUGCUGUCCAUCAAGAGUGACCUUAUGGACAGGAAAGGCAGCCCAUAAUACAAAUAUCACGGAUGUCAAUCCACCUUACGGUGGCUAUCCCAAAUUCGUCACUCAGGGUUUCAACGAAGCUUAUCUACCUGUUUGGUUGCAACAAGCAGGAUACAACACUUAUUACACCGGUAAACUAUUCAAUGUCCAUACCGUGGAUAACUACAACAAGCCUUAUGCAGCUGGAUUCACUGGAUCGGACUUUCUUCUCGAUCCAUACACAUACAAUUAUCUAAACAGCACAUUCCAGCAUACUGGAGAGACACCGAGAAGUUACGAAGGAGAAUAUGUGACUGAUGUGCUUGCCCAAAAGGCGUACGAUCUGCUUGAUGAGGCUGUCGAGGCGGACAAUCCGUUCUUCCUCACGAUUGCUCCCAUCGCCCCACAUGCUAAUAUUCAGAUGAAUGGGAGUGUUCUAGACGAUAAUCAUACUUUGGAGUUUGGAUCGCCGGUGUCGGCCAAACGACAUGAACAUCUCUUCAAGGAUUCGAAAGUUCCUCGAACAGCGAGCUUCAACCCAGACAAACCCUCGGGAGCCAAUUGGGUUCUGGAACUGAAGCAGCAAAAUCAGACGAAUGUUGAAUAUAACGAUCACUUUUACCGACAACGGUUGAGAGCACUGCAGGCAGUUGACGAGAUGAUCGAUGGGCUGUUCGAACGACUAGAAGCCCAUGGCAUCAUGGACAACACAUAUAUCAUCUACAGCAGCGACAACGGAUUCCACAUCGGUCAACAUCGACUCCAACCUGGAAAGUCAUGUGGUUACGAAGAGGACAUCAACAUCCCGUUAAUUGUUCGAGGACCUGGCGUUGCGGCCAAUCAUACAACAGACAUCGUCACCACCCACACGGAUCUUGCUCCUACAUUUUUCGAUCUUCUGGGAAUCCCAAAGCGGGAUGACUUUGACGGAACUGCGAUACCUGUGACCAAAGCAGGGAUCGAGCUCGCGCAUGAAGGACGUCGAGAGCAUGUCAAUGUUGAGUACUGGGGAUUCGCUGGUGGAGAAGGGAAAUAUGAUCAUGAUAUCCUCCAUGAGAACAAUACCUACAAAGCUAUCAGGAUUCUUGGGCCAGGAUAUAACCUGUACUACUCAAUCUGGUGCAACAACGAGCAUGAGCUCUAUGACAUGGAUGUCGACCCCUCACAAAUGCACAACCUACUCUCUGACAACCAAGAACAAACAUCUACCGUCGUCGGCCUCGCAAUCCACAAAGUCGUCGCUCGUCUCGACUCUCUCCUUUUCGUGCUGAAAUCAUGUAAAGGCAGCACAUGUCGACAUCCAUGGAAGAGCUUACAUCCGAAAGGCGAUGUCUUGACGCUUGAAGAUGCACUGUCUUCAAGAUUUGAUCAUUUCUAUGAGGUGGAACAACAGAGGGUUGAGUAUAACUUUUGUUCGAAUGGGUAUUUGGUUGAGGCGGAGGGACCGAUGUGGGAGGAGAGAGGGUCGGUGUUUAGAGAUGGGCUGAUGUGGUAUGAAUGGGUAUGAAAGUCAAUUUGGAUGAACAGCGGUAUCACUCGUCCGUCUCAGAAAUCGGCUCUUCAACACCAAAAUAUGCACAUAAUAUUUAUUUCCGGCAGUGGGAUGCUCGAAAUUGUGUCGAGCAUGUUGGCAAGAGAACAUUAAGUGGGUAGGGUUGCAAGAGCCAUGUCAGUGUCCAAAGCGGUUGAGUUCGUGCUAAUACAAUAUGUCUAUUCUAAAAAUAAAAACAAAAC